AUGGAACCCUCCUCGUCCGCUCAGGAGCCCGCUGCCCGGCAACCUCGCCUUUCCCAAGGUUCGCUCUCCUCCGUGUCGACCACGAGCCUCGUCUUCGACCGGCUGCAGGAGGAAAUGGAAAAGGAUCCUGCCUUCCGAAAGUCCAGCCGGCCCCCCUUCCGGGAGGAAGCCGACUACGACGACCCUAGCAACGGCGAGGCCGGUCCCUUCCUCCAUCAUCCGCCCGCCGUCCCUCUGCAGCGAAAGCCCAUGGAUCGAGGCUUCCGACGGACCCUCUGGAUUUUCGUCGGCGUCGUCGUCGGCGUCUGGUUCCUCGCCCUCGUCGUCUUCGUCUCCACGGCCUCGCACAAGCACGUCACCGACUCGAAUCGUAGCCCCGAUGCCGACCUCGACUCCGCCCCUUCGGGCAAUCCCGUCACGCUGGAUCACGUUUUCAACGGCUUCUGGUCGCCGACGUCGCAUUCCAUCAGCUGGAUUGCUUCCCCCGACGGCCAGGAUGGCCUGCUGCUCGAGCAAAACGCCUCCGGCAAGGACUACCUCGUCGUCGAGGACGUUCGCUCGAACAAGGAUCCCGCCGUUCGAAGCUCGGACCUGACGAUCGCCAAGUCGCGCACGCUGAUGAAGACGGGCCACUUCAAGUACGGAAACAAGCCCUACUGGCCGGAAUGGCUUGAGCCGAGCCCGGAUCUGACCAAGGUCCUCAUCGGCGUCGACGAGGAGAAGAACUGGCGUCAUUCCUUUACCGCCACCUACUUCAUCCUCGACGUCGCCUCCGGCGCCGUGGAACCCCUCUAUCCCGACAACGACAAGGCCAAGGUUCAGCUCGCCAGCUGGAGUCCCCAAAGCGACGCCGUCGCCUUCACCAUGGAGAACAAUCUCUACGUUCGACGCGUCAAUCACAGCACGCCCGUCGUUCAGAUCACGAGCGACGGUGGUCCGGAAUACUUUUACGGCAUACCGGACUGGGUUUACGAGGAAGAGGUCUUCAGCGGCCGCGAGGCUACCUGGUGGUCGGCCGACGGCAAGUACCUCGCAUUUCUGCGCACAAACGAGACGGGCGUCAAGGACUUUGCCGUCCAAUACUACGUUUCCCGCCCCAGCGGCAAGCAGCCGCCCAAAGGGGAAGAGGCUUAUCCCGAGGUUCGCCAAAUCCGAUACCCCAAACCGGGUUCUCACAAUCCCGUCGUCGACCUUCAGUUCUACGACGUUGCCAAGGGUGAUGUCUUCUCCGCGCACAUCCAGGCCGAUUUCCCCCCCGACGACCGCAUCAUCAACAACGUGCUGUGGGCAAACGACAAGGUCCUCGUCAAGGAAACGAACCGUGUCGGCGACCACCUCAAAGUCAUCCUCGUUGACAUUGCCGCCCGAGAGGCCAAAACGGUCAAGGACAUAGACGUCACCAAGGUGGAUGGAGGCUGGUUCGAGAUAUCCCACGAGACGGCCUUCAUCCCGGCCGAUGUUGACCAGGGUCGAAAGCUGGACGGAUAUAUUGACACCAUUAUUCACGAUAACUUUGAGCAUUUGGCCUACUUUACCCCCAUCGAUAACCCUGAGCCCAUACUGCUCACUUCGGGCGACUGGGACGUCGAUGGCGGACCAUUGGCCGUUGACCUGGCCAACAACCUCGUCUAUUUUACCGGCACCAAAGAGUCCUCCAUGCAGCGCCACAUUUAUUCUGUCCAGCUCGAUGGUGCCAACCUCCAACCCCUCACAAACACCUCCGCCGACGGCUAUUACACUGCUUCCUUUUCGUCCGGAGCCGGCUUCGCCCUUCUGUCCUACAAAGGGCCCGAGGUUCCUUACCAAAAGGUCAUAUCCACACCUGCCACAGGCGCCAUGUACGAUCGACUCAUUGAAUCAAACACGUUGCUGGCAGAUCGUGUUCAAAGCCAUGACCUUCCCACGCUCAAGUACGGUGUGCUUGAGCUGGACAACGGAGUCAAGGUCAACUACCUGGAGCGUCGCCCGGUUCACUUCAGCCCUGAAAAGAAGUACCCGGUGCUCUUUCAGCAAUACUCGGGCCCGGGCUCUCAAAGCGUGGCCAUGAGAUUUUCUGUCGACUUCCAAAGCUACGUCGCCUCUGCCUUGGGCUACGUCGUCGUCACCGUCGAUCCCCGAGGCACGGGAUUUCUCGGUCGCAAGCAUCGCGUCUGCGUCCGCUCCCAGCUCGGCCUCCUCGAGGCGCAAGAUCACAUCGCUGCUGCCCGCCACUACGCCUCGCUCGACUAUGUUGAUCCCGAGCGUCUCGCCAUCUGGGGCUGGUCCUACGGUGGGUUUACAACCCUAAAGACCCUCGAGCAGGACGCCGGACGGACGUUUUCGUACGGCAUGGCCGUCGCCCCCGUCACAGAUUGGCGCUUCUACGACAGCAUCUACACCGAGCGCUACAUGCGUCUGCCCAAGGACAACGCGGCCGGCUACGAUGGUUCCCGCGUCAGCAACGCGUCUGCCCUCGGCCUGAACAAGCGAUUCCUGCUCAUGCACGGCACUGCUGACGACAACGUCCACUUCCAAAACUCGCUCAAUCUCCUCGACGCCCUUGACCUCGCCUCCGUGGAGAACUAUGACGUCCACGUGUUUCCCGACAGCGACCACAGCAUCUCCCUCCACCAUGCAAACCGCAUCGUAUAUGACAAACUUAACAACUGGCUCAUCAACGCUUUCAACGGCGAAUGGCUCAAGAUUCAAAACCCUAAACCGAUAGACGACAAGCGAAAACGCUCGGAAAAGCGUGGCUGA